AUGAAUGAGGUAAGUAAAACAGUCGCCCAGCAUGCGAGUGCUUUAAAGCAGACACUCUUUGCUGUAGGCAAGUCAUUUAAAAAUGUCGUCGUCCACAAAAGCAAGCUUGGAACAUUUAAUUCAGAGUUAAGUGCAUUCUACAAAUCUAUUCUUAAAACUUCAUUUUCCAACUCACUUGCCGAUCAAACGACGGCUGACUUCUUCACCGCCUUGAUUAAUGAAAUAAAUUUAGUGAAAAUUCUUUUCGAAAGUUUAACUGAGAAAACUUUCGUUUCCACGACAACAAAUAACAAAUUAGACUAUGUAAAAGCAUUCCUUCAAGAAACCAGUAAGAAUAUUAACCAAUACGCGAUGCAACUUCAAUUAGUACCAAAUCCACCUUUGUCCGACAAUAUUCCUAACUAUGUUGAGAACGAGAAGGAAGAUUGCAAGGCCCUCAUAUCGGCUCUUAACAGUUAUGCAACAAGUAACACUGUACAACAAACAAUGGCAAAUUUAAGGCUUUUCAUGUCGAAUUUAGACGAAGAUCAGAACGAAAGUACAAAGGGUGAUCCCAAUGCUGUCACCAACCAGCAGAUUGAAGAAGGAUUUAAAGAAUUUUCCCAAUAUUUCUGCAAAGAAUCCGAUUUCGAACUUUCCAAGAAGAUUGGCCAAGGCGCCUUUUCAACCGUCUACCAUGGCUUCCAAAAGUCUACAGGUCAUCCAGUCGCUAUGAAGAAGCUAAACUCAGGAAUUCUGACCAAAGAACAAUUCGAGACGUACCUUAGAGAAAUUCGUAUUUUAACAAGCUUAAAUCAUUUCGCAAUUACGCCUUUCGUCGGAGUUACUCCGAAAGAGCCUUAUUACAUCAUUACUCAAUUAAUGAGAGGCGACUGCUUGUUUUACAGACUCCAUGCCCAGCGAAACCCAUUAUCACCAACGAAACUUACUAUUAUUGCUCUCGGAAUUGCUUACGGACUUGCAUAUUUGCAUUCAGAAAAAAUCAUGCACCGCGACAUCAAAUCCCUCAACAUUCUUCUCGAUAACGAUGACUAUCCACAUAUCUGCGACUUCGGAUGCGCCAGAUUCAUGGAUGGUCGCAGAUAUUCUAUCAAAGUCGGAACAACGCAAUGGAUGGCUCCAGAAAUGUACGAAAUAGACUGCUACUCAUUCAAGGUCGAUAUCUACAGCUACGGCAUUCUCCUCUGGGAAAUGCUUACCGGUCAAAUUCCUUUUGCCAACUUAAAGGACGUAGAUAUCCUCCCCAUGGUAAUCAACGGUGAAAGACCCCCAAUUCCCUCCUCGUGUCCUUCCGGCCUCGCAAAGCUCAUAAAAUCGUGCUGGGAUGUUGAUCCGAACAAAAGACCAUCUUCUGCGCAGAUUGUGCAGGUUUUCGAAAGAGGCGAGGUUUUCUUCCAGGACGCUGAUAUGGAUAAAGUCGAAAUUUAUAGGAAAUCCUUCGCAAUGAGUGCGGAAACUCAAAUUAAUAAUUUCGAUGUCAACAACGUCAACUCCAUGCACCUCGCUGAUAUCAUAGAAAUGAUCAUCAAGGGUGACAUGCAGUCAAAGAACAAAGCAAUUGGUUAUCUUGCACAGCUAGUCCAAGAUAUGAAAUGGUUUGACAUAAUUGGUCAGUAUAAGAUUAUCAACAAGCUUCCAGAUAUACUCAAAUCAUGCAAUUCAGCACGAUUAGCGUCAGAAAUCAUAGUUAUUAUCGAUAAUAUUCUUCAAAUUCCUCAAAUCAGAUCAGAGCUUUACAAUUCAGGUAUAACGAACCAAUUAGUCAAAUACUUCGAUAAAUACGGUGACGAAACGAUGGUUUCCUUCGUUUCUGCCUUUUCAUCCUCAAUUUUCGGAGAACAAGUAAAACCAAACUUGACAAAAACGUUCUGCGAAAAAUACGCCCAGUUCCUUUCGAUCAUGCAUCAAGAUGACAUUCAGCAAAGAGCCUUCGAAACUUUCGAAUUAAUCAUUACGAAGCAGUUUACAACAGAUAAUGAUGCUAUCGCUAGCAUGUUAUCACCGUUUAUUGUCAGCUACAUACCAAUGAUGCCUUCAAUGAACGCGGAAAGGGUUGUUGACAUUUUAUUGUACCUUGUAUCGCUUGGAAAGACAGUUAUCCACAAGAUUUGUGCUCUCGAUGGCCCAACAAUAAUUUUCCCACUACUUUCUAUUGAUUAUUUGGCUUCUAAUGUCAUGACAGUUUUAUUAAAAAUUUGUAGCGAAAAACAGCCUAGCGCUAAGUUCGCAAACAUGGUUGUAUCAGAAUUACCAAGAUUAUGCGACCAGUUCCCCAAUGAACAGACUGUAAGACCAUUAUUAUUAUUAUCUACAGUUGUCCUCAUCCAAACCACUUACAACUGCAUCGCGCAGAUGCCAAGCUCAGUCAGCGCGUUGGCAACUUGCAUCCGAUCAGGAUACGCCCAAGUUUCUGUUGUUGCCUUAAAAUUAGCUUUCAUUUUCUUAGAAAACGAGACAUCAGCGCCAAGUAUGUUAUUCAUUGUACCGGAUGUUAAGUCCCGAUUGAAUACUUUGUUCGUAGCUGACGAGAUUUCCACAUUAGCCGCAAAUUGUCUUAUUCUCCUCAUUUCCCUCAAGCCACAGUCCUUCAUUUCGGAUGCCGCAAUCAUCAAUUACAUCAAUGCAGCUCUAAGUUGCGAUGACAACCAAGUUAUUAUAGUUGCUCUCAGAAUUAUUGGCGUUUUAGCGCAAUCCAAGGAAGGAUCCAUCGAUCUCAAGAACGGACAGAUUAUUUCCAAGAUAGUAGAAAUAGCUCUGAAGAAAAAUCGAGAAGUCCGAUUUUAUGCGGUUGCAGCUUUGACAGUUAUCUCCAAGGCAAUCUCAUAUACACCCGAAUUCGAGCCAAUAAUCGAGACACUCUUCAAUCUCAGCGCUGAUGAUAUGUCGUCAACAACUGUUCCUUCGUUCCUUUACAAUAUCGUUAAUGAAAGUAGCGAAGGAUCGUUGGCCUGCGCAGGUUACGUGAAAAGAAUCGCUGAAAAGUGCUCUUCAGAUUCUUUCGCCGCAUCUGCUUAUCCUGCGAUGACAGCAAUAGCUCUGAUUGUUUCUGAUGACAAAGCAAAGCAGAAGGUGCUUCAAACUGUCGAUAUUAACGAGGUUGUCAAAAUUAUUGUUCCAUUGAUCGAAAAAGGAUACGGCCGAGCUGUUUUCUACACACUGGCUGAGAUAAUUGAUGUCGAUGGAGUGAUUGGCGCCGCAAAAGAAGCAGGAAUUGCAGAUAUCAUCGCUUCUUCUUUGGCUGUCGUGCAGAAAGAAACGAAACUGCACGAGUCAAUGAUGAAAGUGCACUCUGCAAUUGCUAAUGACGAAUAA